AUGCGUGCGUCGUGGAAGCUAAGCAAGCCGAACCUUUUCGGGCCUGACGUUUCGCUAGGAGAGGACGUAGUUCACGUGCUGGUGGUGGUUCCAGAGGGUGCUGUUGGUUCAGCAUUAUUGCAGCCAGCGAAUAGCGCUACAAUUCAAAAUAUCGCCUGGUAUGGCACGCGUGGAUCGAUUGUGGAAGGAGAAGGCGUUGAUCUGAAAGAUCCACGAACACUUUCUCGAGCCAUUCUCACCGCGGAUAUCCUCCGCCGACUCGAAGAAACGCAUGUCCUGCUGGUGACAAGCCCACCAAUGACUGGGAAAACGUCACUAGCGACACUUGUGAGCCGAUCGUUGGUGGAUAGGCAUAUUAUGGACAAUAAGAAGAUGACUCUGUUCAACUUCUCCGCCUUGGCCAUACCCGACGAUUCGACAUUUGAGCAAGUUUUCAAGAAGCGUUGUACGAUCGACUGGAGCGAAGCAACUUUAAAUCUUCCCACGCCAGAUCGUAUGGUGUAUUUGGUGGUGGACGAAGUACAAGUGAUCUACAAAGAAGGAACAAAUCCUCCGAGACGCAAAUCCACUGUUUUUUGGGAGCUGGUCAAGUACGUUCUCAGCAACGGGAACUACAGCAUCAGAAUAUUGAUGUUUGCAGCGUAUGGAUCUGGUGUGGAGUACACGCGACUCGCUACUCCAAUACAGUUCGACGAUAGGAUUGUGUUGGGCAUCGACCAGCUGAAAUUUAGUCAUGCCGAAGUCUCUGAGUACGUCCAAAAGUGGUUUAAGGGUAUCACGUGCUUUGAAGGAUCAUCGUCAUCUGCGAUGAAGGAUUUCUGUGCCAAUUUGGAAGAGGUGACGGGUAGGCACGUUGGUCUGUGUGCGACUACCAUCUUUGAACUGAAUAGAGUCCAUGCCUCACGUAAUAGGAGUGCGAGUCGUCAACCAUUGCCAGCCGAGUGGAUCCGCAUGCUGCAAAGUGGGUCACUGUAUGAAGCCAACGAUAAAGCGCUGUUUAAAGCGCUGACAUCAACACGCGCUGUGAAGGUGUUAAAUACCCUUGACAAGGACGAGCUGGAUCGGCUAGAACGCAUUGCUUAUGGUGCCAACUCUGAUUUUGAUACUGAUAUAGUUGAGCAAUGUCUUCGAAAGGGCAUUCUUGUUCAAACUGAGCGGCGUUUUGAGUUCUCGUCACCAGUGAUGUGGCGAUUCUUUGUCAAGAUGCGCGUUGGUCACAUCGUCCGAGCACUUCAUGUCCCCAAAACCCUUCCAGAGAUGGUCGCUCGAGUGAUGCGAUCGAUCGAUUAUGAUAGCAUCCGCCAGACGCUUGGCAGAAGUUUGUCGAGCGAUAUUCCUCUGGAAAGAGCGUGGCAAAUGGAAUUUUACAAGGCUGCGUAUCGCUGCACACCAAGCACUUUCGUGACGUCUGCGGAUGUGGGUGCGUUGUUUGGAUCCAGUGGGUUCGUCGAUUUUACAAUUCAUGGAGGUGACAUCUUUUGGGGCAUCGAGUUGUUGCGAGAAGCCAGCAACUUGGCUGAACACAUCAAACGAUUUUCCCCUGGUGGUCGCUAUUCCUCGCUCCCGUUGACCGAGUUCUGUCUGGUUGACUUUAGACGUGUUGCUUCGAUUGACGAUGUGCCGAUUGAACGUAUAGCGGAAAAUAUGCGCGACUGCGACAAGCUCUUCGUCGUGUGUUAUGACGCACGGAUGGCAGGUGUUAUGGUGAUUAAUUCCGCAAUGGAUGUCGUCUACAGGACUCAAUCUUAA